AUGGCAACUUUUUUUGGUGAAAUUUUACCUGUUUUUUCCCGAGCUGUCGCCGAAGAUGAAGAUGACGAAGAAGAAGAAUUGGAAGGACAGGAAAUUGACCUGAAAUGGCAGACCAGUCUUGAGUGGGAUGCAGUUACAGAAAAAGAAUUGGUCAAUGAGAAACUACAUUGUUCUAUGUUGGUCAUUGCAGUUGGACAGGCUGCUUCAGGUUUCUGCCAGUCUUAUCUCCUUUCAUCAGAAUCUCGUCCAAUUGGUUGGCUAUCGAGUGUUUUGAAUGAAAAUGAGUCUGGUUCUUACAAGAAUGCUGAGAUAUUCCAUUGUAAGGGCCAAACAGAUGUUAUGGUUUGUUGUUGUAUAAAGGACGUCUCCCCAGAAACUGCCUUUUGUUGGGUCAAUAAGCUUUUCACUUCUUUCCUCAUGGAAUCUGCUGAAGUUGCUGUUCUUACUUCUCUGCCAUCAAGUGAAUAUCGAACAGAAAUUCCAUAUUGUCAACUUGCUGUUCCCUUCUUGCGAUCUCUGAGGACUACAAACACCUGUAAACAAAGGCCUCCUUGUCCAUAUCUUGAACAACCAAACCUUGUUACAGGACUCCCAGCUCAAAUCCUGACACACUGCCAAGUUUUUGAUAUUCCUGCCCAGGUGUUUAUUUGUUAUCUUGAAUCUUUGUACAUUGAUUCAUCAACAAUGCGAGCUUUUCUGCCCGUGUUAAAGCUGACCAAAUUGAAUGAAAUUCCACAGAACAACCCAGAAGCAGAAGAAAUGGUCACAAAGAUUGUAGAUAUGUAUACAUCACAAAGCACCCUAUACUUAUGA